AUGUCCGACUCAAACGAACCGAGGCCAUUGACGUCGGCCUUUGAGAGUCCAACAUUCGGCGAGGACAGCUCUUUCCAUGUCGAUCAGCCGGUUGGUUCUAUGUCCAUUUCCCCAUGCGGCCGAGAUGUGGUUCUCGCUUCCAAGGAGGGCCUCCACAUUAUCGACUUAGACUCGCCGUAUUCUCCACCUCGAUAUCUCCCUCAUCAUACGCCAUGGGAAGUUGCAGACGUUCAGUGGUCUCCGUUUGCUGCUCGAGACUAUUGGGUAGUGAGCACGUCAAACCAGAAGGCGUUGGUGUGGAAUUUGGCGAUGCAGAGCUAUCAGAACUCGAUUGAACAUGUCCUGCAUGCUCAUACCCGUGCCAUCACGGAUAUAAAUUUCUCUGCACACCAUCCCGACAUCCUUGCAACGUGCGCUGUGGAUAGUUUUGUCCACUGCUGGGAUCUUCGAACUCCUUCUCGGCCGGCCAUAUCUGUCUCUGAUUGGUUUGCGGGCGCAACACAAGUCAAAUGGAAUCGACAGAAUCCCAAUAUUAUUGCCAGUUCGCACGACAAAUUCCUUAGAAUAUGGGACAAGAGAAUGGGUGCGUACCCAAUCCGAUCCAUAGAGGCUCACGAUACGAAAAUCUAUGGGGUCGAUUGGAAUAGAGUCCGACCUGGUGCUUUAGCGACAUGUUCUCUAGACAAGACAAUAAAGUUCUGGGAUUACACUAUUGAGGACGACGUACCGGAAAAGGUAAUCAAGACGCCUUUUCCUGUGUGGCGUGCACGAAAUACACCCUUUGGCUGGGGUGUUUUGGCAAUGCCCCAGAGGGGCAAUAGCGAUCUCCAUCUGUACAGUCGCAGAGCUGUCGAGGGCACCGACCCCGAGGGUCACCUUCCCCCAGUACAUAGUUUUCCCCGUCACAAGGGACAAGUAAAGGAAUUUCUUUGGAGGGCUCGUGGCAACGUCGUGGACGGCAUUGACAACAGAGAAUUUCAACUAGUGUCUUGGGGAACCGACAAGGAACUUCGCCUACAUCGAGUCGACUCUGAGGUUCUCGAACGAGUUGGCUACGAAAAGGGAAAAUCAUUCAUCUCAAACCUAAACAUCACUCGCAAAGGGGCUCUUUACAGGAGCUUCCGUGAUCCCAAUGUUGGUGUUGAGGACGGGGAUGAGUCUCCAUUGUCACCAGCCUUCGAGAGUGCCAUAUCGCCACCAUCUCGUGGAGUGGGGAUAAACACAAUCUCGAUACCAUAUGCUCCAGCCUGGAUUCAAGGUGCCAAUGCAGACUCGAGAAUAGGGAUGCAGGGGAGACCAGGCCUGAGGGCAGACACCAAUCCCAUCGCCUGGAUGCGUGGGGUGAAAAUAUCGGGCUGGGACAUUGAAACCCUUGGCGAUGAGAUUACCCAUGUUGGCGAAAAGUUCACAAAGGUUGCUUUUGAGUCAGUUGACAUCAGGCGGCGGAAGGCGACAAUAUCUUUGCAUGGGCCAUGGGGCGAGGAAGGGGCUUCUUCGCUUUUCAUUCGAGUGGAUAUCAAAUUUCCACCAGACUACCCUAGGGAUUCGGUGCCAACAUUCGUCGUGCAAAAAACUACUGCUGUCACAGAUGAGCUAGUCAAUAAGAUUGCCGCUGAGUUACAGACAAUCUCCGAGACAUAUUUGUCUCACAAACGUGGAUGCCUUGAAGGAGUCGUCCGUUAUCUGUUAGGCGAAAGCAACCUUGAAGAAAGCAUCGCGUGGAUUCUAGGCGAAACAGCAGAGACCGUCAAAUCUCCAACCAAUGGUCAGGUCGGCGGCGAAGAAUCAAGUGACGAGGAUGAAGUUGGCAUGUCCCAAAGUCAAGAUCUAGCGAUGAGCUCUGAGCUCAUCCGACCUGUUAACGCCAACGUGAUGGUUCCUGUGGCAAGGGUGUGUGGUGCUGUUUGGGCGAAGGACGGCCGGUUAGUAUGCUUCUUCCCCACGAAGAAGGAUAAUUCAGCGUACUCCCUCGAGAACCUAGGCUUCAAGGAGAUGACGAGGCUGUCAAGAUCUGAGAAAGUGUUUGAGAGGUUUGGGCGCUUUGAGACGGGCUCCCCUGGGCCACGAAACAUAGGCACUAUAACCAGCACUGAUGACGGUGCUUCCGAAUACUCCGAUGACUCUGAAGCUGAGACCUCAAGCUCUUCCGGAUCGUCCGGCAUUCUUUCAGGCCUUCAACAUCGGUUCCCGACACCGCAAACAUGGCGCAGUGCCGGUAGUCUCGGCUUUUACCGGCCACGGUCGACGGAUAACUCCCAAAGGUCGACUGUUGGAGGUGCGACUGCACGAUCUUCUGACACAGCGCAGAACGUGAUUUCCAUACACGACUUGGGCAGCCUACUGCCGGCCAAACGGGAGUUGGCGUGUAGGUACCGCAUAUGCGGUAAGGUUGUCGACGUCUGCGCUCACAACGCAGAGGUUGCCCUUGAACUUGGCUACGGUGAGCUGGCCCGUAUAUGGGGCUUGGCUAAACUUAUCCUGCAUGAAAACAGAACACCAGGGUCACCCAUCCCAAAAAAUGCCCACGGAGUCUCGCAAAUUCAGCGUAAGGACAGUGCAAUCGAUCUAAGUUAUGACACUGUCCAUGGUGAUCGCUCUCUUCUGGAUACAACGGGUGUGAUUCAAUGGGGGAAUCAUCCUUAUGGUGGCCAGUGGCUCAUCCCUGCUCUAUUAGAGCAUUUUGAACGGACUGGUGAUAUUCAAAUGGUCGCGAUGCUUUCCUGCGUCCUGUGUGAGCCGAAUCUCGACCGGACUACACCAGAACCGAUGACAGUAUCGAAGCCAGCAGAAAAUGACGCGUUUUCUAUUGACUUUUAUGGGCCUCCGAGUGCGGGAAUAGACAAGUCUCAGGCAGUGACGCCCCUCACUUCCACGCCAAAAGACAGUCAUGCUACGCCUGCUACACAUAGUUCUGGACGCUCGUCAUCUGAAAUAUGGCGCACUGGAACCACCCCGCCGUUUUCCACUGGUACAACGCCUCCUUUCCUUCCUCGUACCGGUGCGCUAGCUACGGAGAGGAAGGCAGUCACACAGAACCCGUCUCUAGCUGCUUCGCCUGAUCAGCAAUCACAGCCACGAAGUGGCUCGGGAUUUGGCUCUGUUCUCGCUUCUUCCCUUUCGCGAUCUUUCACAUUUGCCCCAUCUUCCGCAUCUCCUCCUGCAGGGGGUUUGCUGAAAAGGAGGCAGGGACAAAGCGAAAGCCCCCAGGCCACGACAAGCUCUGGGACGUGGACCCCGAAUACCCCCCACUUCAAACCUGCGUCUGCAAUUCCGGAAUAUCUCACGACAUCUACAGCAGUUACCUCGCAGACCCAUUCGGAUACCGAGAGUGAGCGAACCCGGAUACCGAGGAGCAAAGGGAAGGUCCGCACAGUGCUGAAGAACCAGGGCGCUUUUGACACUGAUAGCACGACCCUGAACACCUUUCUUGAUCCGAAGAAGGACUCGUUGUACCGGUCUUAUCGCUCAGCAUAUGCACAUUUACUUUCAAUCUGGGGGCUACCGCUGCAGCGCAGUGAAAUCCUGAAAAUCGGCGAUACAGCGACACAAACGCGCGACAGUCGCGCUCGGACCCUCAAAAGCCCUGAAGACUCGCUCACGCUCUCUGGUUAUGCUCGCAGAAGCUCAACUGAACCAGCGACGGGCGAGGAGAGUAGGGGACUAGGGAUCCAACGGCAUUGCGUUGGGUGUGGACAACCUCAGCAGCUAUCUAUAUUCGCGAUCCAGAAUGCGGUCGACACCGCAGUAACGGCCGCCAAGAACAAUAUCAAGGGAGCAACCGUGCCACUAAUUUGUUCUCAUUGCAAGCCUAAACGACCGCUACCAAUCAAACUUCCGUGCGCGAUAUGCCACGAAGUCAUUGAGGGUAUGCUCACGCCCUGCCUCGGAUGCGGCCACGUCUGUUGCUUUAGUUGCGCUCGCGACUGGGCUGCUACCAUUUCAGAUUUGCCCUUAGGGGAUGAUAACGAACAUGAGGUGGAUCCGCAGUUCUGCCCUAGUGGCUGUGGUUGCAAAUGCGCAGACCACGCGGUGAUUGACAUCGCAGCACCCUGGAGCCAACCACCGUCGCCGCUAGCGGAAAGCGAUAGUUCCCUUCACAAAGGACGAAUCGAACAAUUGGAUGGACCAAAAUCCAUCGCCCACGUGGCCAAUCUCGGCCAACCUGAAGAUGCACUGGAACAUUGGGACGCGUCGCCUUUUGCCUCGCUUGCCAGAGGCCUUGGAGGGGGCCUUAGCAGAGGCCUGCGUGGCAAGGAGGACAAGCGAAAGCCCAAAACCCCAAAUUCUGCAUUUGUUCCCAAGAAGUCGUCUAUGAAUCAGGUACUAAGCUAA